AUGGUUUAUGAGACUUCAAACCACAGAGUUCUGGUAUUUGAGCUGAGUGGAAAAAUUUUAACAAAAUCUGGAUCAAAAGGAAAUUCUAAUACUAGUCAUAAUGCAUCAUGUCCCUACUUCAAAAACUGAUUGAUAGCUUGUUUAGUUAAAGUUUGAAUGUGUACUUUCAAGUGCUAAGUUGUGAGACUGCAUGAACUUUGAGACAGAAUAACAGAAGAAACCCAUGCUUUAUUCCUUUUAAACCCUUUACACCUUAGCAUCAGUAUGCAUAUUCUCCACACUGUUCUUUAUACAUUUCCUAAGGCACUGACAAGGAGAAUUUGUUUGCUGAUCUAAAGAUUCUUUUCAUGGUGAUCAUUCACUUUAUUCUCAUGACCUUAAUGUGUGAUUAAGGGCUGAUAUUGUAGGGAGAAAUAAGAAGGUGGUCAAUCUUAGGUUUUAAAGGGUUAAGUGGAUCCAUCAUUCUUAUUUUCAUCAAGCGCCCUAAACAACCACCAGGUGAGUCCUCCUAUCAAUUGACGGUGGAUGAAGGAUGGUGGAAUUUGCAGUGAUGCUCAGUUGUUAUUUAUCAAAUCCAACACUGUGAUAUGACAGUGAUCUAAAUCUUACAGAGUGUGUUGUUUGUUUUGUUUAGGCUCCCAUGGGCAGAGUUACAUGAUUGAUCAAGUUGUUGUGGUUAUGCUGUUCAAUGAACCUUUGUGCAAAGUCAUAGAUGCUUGGCAUCCUUGUCAGAGUAAAAAUUUACCUAUGUUUUAAGUUUUGACAAUCUAUUCUUUUACGUCUGCUCUCUAAUAAGUAACUGGAAUUUUUCUUUUUAAUUCCACACUUCAAUUGGGUGGAUAGCUCAGUAUGUUUUGCUAUCACUGAUCUGCUAGAUAGGGAUUUAUUAAUUUUGUAGAAUAGCCUCAUACAGUGUAUGCCCUCUAUGCAACUGGGGCCUGUUCUGUAAGACUAUGACACUCAGCUCUAUUGAAAUGUUGUAACUUAAUUUCACUGUGACGUUGGAUCACAAUGUCCUCCAUUGACCCAUAGGACUUGCAACAAAGUGGGAUACAACCAAAACAUCCUACAAUUAAUCUUAAAAAGCAUGGCAAAAUCAGCUACUAGAAGCCGAGGUUUGACUUUUUUUGAAAUAGUAAUAGAGAUCAGUUACUAAUGACACUUCUCUCUUGUUUUGAGAGACACUCUCACCUUAAAUGCACAGGAAUGCUUGACUAUAAAACUGAUAUGAUAUCAUUUACAACUUUACCCCUGAUUAAAAGAUGAUAAAAAGGCAUUUAAUUGUCACAAUGUACUUACAAAUUCUUUUCCCUCAAACAGGUGAUGCUGAUUGACUCCAAUGCUCUGCUUGACACAUUGGAAAAUUACCUCAGAAAACAUAGGUAAAUGUACAUAGAUGAUCUCUGUAACAUCUGUUGAUUUUUCCUACUGAGUUCCUUAAUGUCUAAGUGCCCUGAACCCUUUCACUCCCAAGAUGAAAUGAUCAAUUCUCUGCUCUGUACUUCAAACAUUUAUAACAAGUUUGGCUUUGAUAAUAUUUUGUCAAUUAAAACAAAUGAAUAUACCCAAGUUUAUGUCCUCCUUUCUUUCUCAUCACCCUUUUAUUUGAAUUUGUGUUAAUAUUGUAAGGAGAAAUUUCUUUUUGGUCACACUAGGGAGUACAUGUACAUGUGCAUGUUUUUUUUACCAUGUAACUCCUUUAACUGACAUAUUUUAUGUAUAUAGUAUGGUAAUGCUGUUCUACUUUCAACCAGGAGACACAUGUGCAGUGUUCAGAUGAAAGUUGUUCACUUGAAGUUCAUCAUGAUAACUUAGCUCAGUGUAACUUAUUUGUUGUUGUUGUUGUUGUUGUUGUUGUUGUAGAUUUUGUACUGAAUGUAAAUCGAAAGUUUUGAGGGCAUACAGUAUUCUGGUAGGAGAUUUGGAUGGGCCGAGUGAAAAGGGGUAGGUAUGAAGUGAUGUAAAGACAACAAUAUACCUGUGAGAGUGCUUAAUUUCCUUAGACCUGUCGUGUUAGAAGUUUGGAUGGUUUUUUGGCCUUGCUAGGGGAUUUUCUCCAGGAUUCUCAGGUUUCCUUUCUUGACAAACCAGCCUAUGGUGCAGGUGUCUUAAUAGGGGUCAACAUUACAAGUUUGCAAUCAGUUAUUCCUCUGUCCAUGUUUGGUAUAGCACUAGAGUGGACAGAAGGGAGGCCUCUCCUUUCUUUUGACUGUUGCUCACCCCCUUGGUACAAUUUGUUUUCUCUCCCCAGCCUUUCCACUGCUGUAAAAGUCAAAGACAGCAGCUUAAUUUUCACCAAGAAAAUACAGAGUACUCAGUUGCCAAAACUAUACCUGCUCUGCAGGCUAUUGAAAACCUCAUAAGCAAAUUGAUAUGUUCUGUGCUUUUUUGAAACAUCUCAUAGAUUAACAAGCAAUUUUUCUUUCCUGACUCAUCUAGUUACUGUGCUACUUUGUAUGAUGGUCUUAAAAGCUGUCUUCAAGACCGUCAUGUCCAUGUACUGUGUGAUACAGACUACAUUGCACAUUUAAUUGGACGGGCAGAACCAGAGCUGUCUGGAGGGUAUGCUAUAUACUUGCAUCCUGUUGUAGCUCAUGACAGGGCUUUUCAAAGGCAUCAUUAUUUUUUAUGUGGUUCUGGCCACCUACUUUUUGCUUUUCAUUUAACUUGGUUUUAUACAAGAAAUGAGGGUGAUUAGUAGAAAUGAAAAGCUUUUCACUCAUGGGAGCUUUAAGGAGCUCUGUCACUAUAGGUUGUUUCCUGUAGUGUGAUAUUGCUAUUGGGUGGAAGAGUGUAAGGGUCUUAUCCCUUCCCCCUGUGUGCAGGGGAAGAAGUGGUAAUUUAUCAUAAUCAAAAGCUACGAAUGCUUAAAAAUGCCUGUAAGGCAUCAAUGAGAAGCUCCACCAACCCCUCUCUCUAGAGAGAACCUUGCUUAAAGCACUACUUCUUUUAGAUUCUUUCCUGAAUUUUUUCUUAACCCUUUACAUCAGCAUGUAUAUUCUCCAUACUGUUCUUCAGACAUUUCCUACGGCUCUGACAAGGAGAUUUAAGUUAAAACUCAAGAGCUUUUCAAAUUGAUGAGCAUUUCCUCAAUUUUUCUUGAGCUUAAUGUUUGGUUUAGUAGUGAUACCUUAGUGAGAAAUUAGAUGCUAGUCACCCUCAAAGGUUAAAGGGUUAAGAGUGUGAUGUAUCGCUAAAGUAGGUUCAAAACACUUUGUUAACAGAGUACUAGCUUCGAUUCAUAAGUUUGUCUUGUAUUUGUUCAAUCGGUGCUCUAUGUCGGAGGAUGUUCUUUCCACUUACCGAUAUCGUUAAUUCCCUAAAACUACUUUUCCGCAACAAGGUUAGCUGGUGGUUAGUAUCGCUGAGGCUUCUUUCCGUACUAAUUUAAGCCAUUUUGUUUUCGGUCCAUCUUGAAGGUGUUAACGUGUUUUUUACACGAGUGCCGUUUUGACUUUGUCAGGUGGCGGUUGAAGAAAAGCAAGGCAUAUCACGCCUGGAACAACUCGUCGAAGAGAUUUCUGAGGUGGAGAGAGCCAAGGAACUCAGAAGGGAGCAGAAGCAGCGAACAAUGAACUGAAAGCAGAGGAAACUGCGAAAAACGAGGAGGUAUUGGAAGAGGAAGAGGUAUGUGUGAACGAGAACGUGGAAGAGACUGAGGAAAUUAAUGGACAUGGCGAUAUAGCUGUGAAGAUGAUGAAGAUGACGGAGGCAGUGGCGGUUCACCGUGCAGUUGUGAAGACUUGAGCAACUGUGAGCGAAGCAAGAGCAAAAAUCGGGUUUUAGGAAUGGUGACUGUGGGUACGUAUCUUUUCCAGGUUACCAGACCCAGUUGCUCAAAGGGUGCCUAACGCCAUCUAAAGGAUAAAUUGCUAUCUAGCGGAUAAGUGUGAAGUAAAUGUGCUGGGCUAUCUGAUGGAUAGGGAUUUAUUUAGUGGAAAGUGUUAUCCAACCUUCAAACAACCGGGGCCAGAUUGUUAGCAUUGAAAACACUUUUCUGUAGCUUGUUACGGAGGAAGUUGAUAAAGUACUUCAGAGUUAAAUCGACGCUAAAAUUGCUAGUUGCCUUUCCUGGUUGAUCUUUUGCGCCUUAAAAUAAGUAUGUAGAAGGUGAGUAGGUGUAUAUUGUCCAUACUUUUCGCUUUACGUUUCCUAAGAAAAUGACGAGGAGAAUAUGUGAAACAAUCGGGAGCUUCUCAUUUUCUUUGUUCUCAUGACCUUAAUGCUUGAUUCAUGGAUGAUGCUGAUAAAUUAGAGUCUAGACGCAGUAUUGGUUUAAGGGUUGACAAGCAUUUGUGCUGUAAUCCCAGCUAUUUUCCUUUCAUUUAUUGACUUGAAGUGAUCUGUUGUAGGUACGUAGCAGAGUACAAUAAAUGGUCCAGGAUGGUACACCAGAGUGGAGACAUGUGUAAUCAUGGCGAAGAUUCUUCGACGUUAGGAGGAGAGGAAGAGGAUAUAUGUACAGAUUGUUUGAGUGGGAGCCCAAUUAGUGGUGGAUCUUCACAGAGCAAUAAUGGAAAGGGAAGAAAGAAGAAGGGCAAAAACAAGGAGAAGAAGGUAAACAUAUAAGCCUCCUAUCCACACCCCUUCACGAUGCUUGAUUAGUUAUCUCUUUUCACUCCCAUGAGCGACCAAGAGAGAAUUUCUCCUAACAGUAUCAAUAGAAUCUCUAUCAGACAAGUGAUGAGAAUAAAGAAAAAUAUCAUUUAGGGGAUUAUAAGUUGAUCCAAUAUCAAAUUCUCUAAACUAACAUCGCAAGAACUGUAUGGCAGACAGUUAGGAGAAUUACUAAUGAGAUCUUGGGAGUUAAAGGGUUAUUGUGCCGUAGUUUCAAUCGUCAUGCAAUCUUGUCACUCUAACAAAGGCGGUCACGCUUUUUUGCCGUGUGAAGCUUGCGUGACUAAAGGGAAGAUACCAAAUGUAAUUUUGCAAAUCGUUACUUUGUCCUUCCUCACCGUUAAGUCAAUGAAAGUAUUCACUCAUUCAUUCAUUCAUUCAUUCUAGUGUUCAAUAUUGUUUUUAUCUAUCUCUUUAGCAAAACUCGCCGAGACAUGAUAAGCAAGAAAAGCUUGUAGAAAAUAUUGAUGACGAAGAAAAACGGCUCCUGAAGCUAAUGGGUUGGAAGGAUGGAGGAACAGAGUCAAUGGUGAGCUAUUUUUAACUAUACUUCCGUCGUUCUAUGGCGAUUUAGGUUUUCUCUGGGAUCCGAUAACCUCAAGGGUAGAAUAUCCCCUGAUCUCAAACUUCCUGUUGCGUCACGAUUUGUGCUUGUUGAAAAAGUAAGCUUAAGUUCAUAUAGUCUUUUUUAAUUUUUAUGUACAGUCUGCUUAAAUCUUCUCCAUCCUUAGCUAUCUUUACUUCCUCCUAGUUUGUCUUUAACAUAUCUUCGUUUGUCUUUAUUAUCGUGUUAGUAUUUUGUAUUCUCCGUCACGUUGUGCACCACUGAGCCAGUUGCGACUGGUCACGCGAUCAUAAAUUAAUGCGAGAGGUUACGUCACACAAAUGUAUAUUGGGAUCGUGAACAACAGGACGCUUUUCUCUAGAUUGGUAUACUAUCGAUUAACCUUUGUCGUCUUUGUUCAUUUUACAUCAUAGGAGUGUUUUUUGUCGGAGGAAGAUCUUUGUAUAUCCGAGCAGGAAAUUCUACGGUUCAAAGCGAACCAAUCGUCAGUGUCACAGCAGCGACGGAAGCUUCGAGAGAAACUUCGACAACAAUUUAACAAUUUGACGCUUAAGGAGGGUCUUAACGUCGCUAUUGUUCAUUAGGCCUUGAUAAAAAUGCACUCACAACAGGAGAUGGGGAGAUGGACGAUACAAAAUGGGCAGCGGAUAGUGGGGAUGGGUGGGAAAGUGACUGUACUAGAGAGACAACUUCCCUGCCCGAUCCAUGUUGGUACAAUGUAGUCACGGGUUUCUGUAGUUACGGUGGAAAGAUUGUGUGUGUGUGUGAUGUUGUUUAUUGUAUGCAGGGGAAGUCUGCAAGGUGUGCAACGACGUAGCAAUGUUAAUAAGGUUCUCCUUUGUUUUAAUUCUUUAUUUUAAUUUUACCCCCUGAUUACACUGUAAAUCAGGAUGAGUUUAUGUGAAAACGGAAAUAAAUCUCUUGAAUCAGAUACCGUCAGAUACUAAACAUCCAGGCUAGAAUCUUUACUCGACUUAUAAAGUCUUUGUUUUUAGUCGUUUUCACCAGAAGCAAAGUUUAUUCACUUGUCUUGGGAAUUUCCCCCGCUAUGGACCUCCGAGUGUCAUUGUAGAAAUACCAAAAUAGUAAUUUGGGUUUGCGGCAAAACGAAAAAUGGAUUUCAAAGACUGUAACUUUUCAUGGGGACUCCUCUUUUGCUUGCUCUUACCUGUUCUUUGAAACUGAUUGCUAUACUUAAGAAUGCCCCUUGCUCGAACUCGUGGUAAGGCGAAAGUGUCUGCCGAGAUGUUUGAUGGAAUAUUUCUUCUAGAACCUGGUGAACAUCUCUUUAAUUAAGGAUUUUAUGCCAGUGUAAUGAACAAUUUCAAUUAAAAGUGAGGAAUGUUAGAGAUUUUGAUAAGACAAUUUUAAUUUUUGCCUAUCUGCCCUUCGUCAAUCUGGUUCUAUGUGUUAAACGGAUAGGGCCUGAUGCCCGGAAGUGGUAGAUCUUAGCUCGGUUUUACUUUAUACCCAUACCUUUAGUAACAAGUAAAGUUCUUAUCGAGGCCAAGAGUUUAAUAACCAAUCACCAAAUCAAAAUGAGUUAUGAAGCAAUCAACUGUCUCUAACCUCCUCAUCUGACGUGUGUGGGUUGGUCACGGAGAGCUUCCUUGGGAAGGUGUCGACUUCACCCGAAGGAAUGGGCAAUUUCAACGGAAAAGUUACGUUUGAAAGGUAUUGUUCCCCUUUAACUUCGUUCCUAGUGCGUUUCUUCUACGUUUACUCAGUAACCUGACUUUAAAAUGCACCUUAUAAAAUGGAGAGCCUUUCCUUUCUCUCUAAUGACUCAGUUCUAAAAUUUGUCGAAGAUGUGAGUUCGUAAUCCAAUUUAAAACCCUCGUACCUUAAUCCUGAGCGUAAACGCACCAAACAAAAGAAAACAAUCCUUUUCGGGACGGUAAACAAACGGGAGUGGAGAGAAGCGGGACCUUGUCUACGUGAGGCAGUACCCUCCCCGCCAGCGUGAAACGAAUGCGAGGUUUCCCCUCUCCCUCCCUCCCUUCCGUUUCAUCUGGGGGGAAGGGUAAGGCUACACGUAGGCCAAACGGGCCUGGAAGGUGGGUUUGAGGUGUGCGUGACCACAAGUGGAUACCGUGUCUCCAGACAACCAAUAGGAGUGACGAAAGAUUAGGAUCAGACUUUGGCUUGGAGUGGUCCACUGUGUAGUGGCGUACUCGAUUUUCGGUUUUGUCUGUUACAAAGAGGCGUCGGUCCAGGGAGUAAUUAAACUGCAAACCUGGCGUUUUUCAGUUCAGUUUAAGAUACGUCAAAACAAGGAAGUUCCGUCUAUUUUUUAUAGUGAAGAUGGAAAGUUACCAGUCGAAACUACCGAGAUCUAUAACUAACGUAACGGUGGGCGUGCUUCUCCGGCUCCAUCUCGUGAAAUUAACUUAUUAUCGAGAUGAUUGAGGGGAAAGUUUGCGACCAGCUUAGGUUAACGAGAUCUGUAGAAGCUGGAAAAGUUUUACCGUUUUAGUUAGAUUUUGAGUUGAAUUUACCGCUCUAACUUCAAAUCAUUAAGGAAAAGAGUUGUUAAUUAAGCACACACCAAUUUUGCCUUGUAGAAGUUGGAAGAUUAACCUGUUUACCUUGAGUCACCUUGUAAACUGAUAAGUUUGAAUCAACCGGAUCGACUGCAACCUUAGAGAUCUGGGGUCUUUCAGGGAAUAAUUGUAAGGGCCUUUCCGCACUGGCGGAAAAGUUGUUUAUCUAGUCAAAUUUCUGUCAUCAACAUUUUACUAGCUCUGCAUAAAAUACUCUGUAUAAGGACCCUUCCUUGAGGCGUAUACAGUCAGUAUACAGAAUUGUAUAAGGUAAAUAUAAGGAUGCGUAAGGUCCGUAUAAUGAUCAGUACACGUCAGGGUAUGCUAAGAAAAUACCUGUUGGUAUGUCGUCACUUGAUGAAUAAAUUGGAGUUGGAAUCCUUUAGCAAACUAUACUGGCGGGUCUUCUGAGCAGAUCAGGCGCUACCGGAAUUUGACAGCUUUGAAAUUUUUACUGCGGAUGCAACAGACGAAAAAAAAUUGUCAUGACGAAAUUUCUCUUUUGAUUUUGUUCAGACUUCCUUAGUUUUGUCCGGUAUAGCAGAAAGGCCGUGAGGCAGCAAAAUAUUUAAUUGACAACAGGAUGCAAAGAUAUCUUUCUUUUUUCGAAGGCAUUUCGUGUCAUUUUCCAAUUUAUUUGUAUUGCCCUUGGGAGAAGUAUUUUAAUAAGCAUAAGUAUAGAGCACGCACGUACUUUUAGUAUUUCCAUUAAUGGUAUAGCAUUUCCGGGCCUUUGUUCCAACUUUACGGAAUUUUUUCAAACAAGGUUCCAGUGCUAACCAAGAAACCUUGAACACUCCUGCCAAAAUCAUCGGGAUCGUCAGAAAGUGAAUGAGAUUACAAACGCCAUCGAACAUUUGACCUGCCUAGUUUUAUAUUGGUCUCAUACUAAUUCUAAAUUGUUUUGUCCAGCGAGUUGUGGAAAAUUAAGUAAAGGAUAAAUUAGAUCUCAGGAGCCAUGACCAGUUAUCAUUUAUCGCCUAAGGGGUCGAAUGAUUUUACUUAUUUAUUUAAUUUUUUGUGGGGGGAUCACAUGGUUUUCAGGGAGAACAGAAGGGAAUCAUUCAUCGCAAGAGACUAUACACGCUCUUAGCCAUCGCUAACGGUGUAUAAAGCAAGGACUAUUGAAAAUUGACUGUCUAUAAGGGGGGGGGGGGGGCGGGGGCCAUUAGAAUAUACACAGCCUAAGGGGAGGUAUCCUAAGGGGAGGUAUCAGGGAAGUUUUAUUGUGACACGACCAAAAUCCUUCAGAAGUUAGAGUACUUUUCUCUGGCGUAUUCAAGAGAUUUUCAGUUUCCUCCGUUUCAAACUUAAAAUGCUACCUUCAAAACAGGACAUUUAUUAUUAUUGAUAUAUUUCAUUGGAAUCUAUAUGUUAAUAGAUCAAGGUAAAUAAGUCCUUCUCAUUUUGUCUUAUAUUUAAACUUAACGGAAAUGAAAGAAAAAUAUAGUCUAACACAAAUUUCUCUCCCUAUAAACAAGUACGGGUAACGGUCUCUUUUCAUGACCGGUUCAAAUAAAUGCAUUCUACGCGCACUUUUUAGAAAUACAGAUCUGACCCGUUAACAAAUGGAAAUUUUCUUUAGAAUCACGCUCUUCUCAAACACGCUCUGUGAAAGUCAGCAAUUGGUCGAGGCCAUUCUCAAGGUCAGCCACUCUUCCGAAAACUGUCUAUCAUCUGAUUAAAAACAUGUCUAUCUACAACUGCAUAAUAAGCCUUUGAAUGUGUGAGGUCAAGGUAAAUUUACACGAUUCUUAGAAAUCUUGCAUAUCGAAUAUGCCAAAGACAACUCUCAUGUAAUUGGUCAAUAUUAAUAGCAUUUCUAUCGCAUGACUACUUUGUAAUUUGUUUUACGCCUGUUUGAUACAUGAAGCGAAAGCCUUAUCGAGCCUUUAAUCAUGGAUAUCAAAACGUUGCUCGCCAAUCUUCAUGAAGAAGUAUCCUGCUCUGUGUGUAUGGUCACAUUUACUGAACCAAAGCAGCUUCCAUGUUUGCACAGCUUUUGCCUCCACUGUUUAGCAGGAAUCCAAAGAAACAGCGGCCGCCAUGAUGUCAUAACAUGUCCUGAGUGUCGAAGGGAGAGUCAAGUCCCUGGUGGAAAUCUUAAAGAUCUGCCCACAAACUUUCGCAUCAACAGCUUACUAGAUGUGUUGGCCAUAAGGGACUGCAAUUCUACUGGAGUCAAAUGCGGAAACUGCGACAAACGCAGAGUAGAAAGUUUCUACUGUUUUCAGUGCUGUUCAUUUUGGUGUGACGAGUGUAUCACUGUGCAUAACUUACUCCGAGCAAAUAAAGACCACCGAGUUCUUGCGCUCAAAGAUUUUGAAGAUCAAGACAUCGAGGAUGUCUUAAAACGACCAGCAUUUUGCCCACGACCGGGCCACGAAAAGAAAGAAUUGGAAUUCUUCUGUAAGAAAUGUGAACAAGCCAUUUGCAGUUCUUGUGUUGCAACCACUCACGAUGGACAUGUUAAGAUACUACUGGAAGAAGCGGCAAAUGAAAAGAAAUUGCAAAUCCUGUCUGAGACUGAAUCCAGAAAAGCUAAAGUGCAAAGAAUGAGAAACAAAAUAUCUCAACUUGACGAAAGCUGUGAUAGAAUCCAAACCCAAGUCGCAAAAGUAAAAAGAAGCGCGCAACAGUUUGCCGAAAGCAUGAUUGCUGUCAUCGAAGCCAAGAAACAGGAAAUCUUUUCUGAAGCGGACCAUGAGGCACAACAGUACCUGGAACGUUUGCGAAUACAAAGGAUCGAGAUUGAAAAUAAAGUAAAAAUGGUCGAAACAGCUGUAGGAAAAUCUGAAACACUAUUACAACGGAGCACAAACGCAGAGCUUGCACAGUUCGAUGACUCACAAAACACAACACUCUUGAAAGGAGUUGAUGAUGAGAGAGAAGGAGUCGACUGCAACCUUGAAUAUUUAAGUGAACUUAUUUUCGAGGAAAACGAAGCUUUGAAGACAAAAGCAAUCCACGAGGGAAUCGGCUCCAUUAGAGCGUUUCUCAGCAAGACCAGAGCGGAUAAAGCAACUGCUGAAGGAAAAGGACUCACUGAGGCGAUCGUUGGAAUUCAAGCGAAAUUUGUCUUGACGACAAGAAAUGCUGAAGGACGACAAUGCCACGACGAGCGUGACCGAGUAACAGUGGAAAUUAAAAAUCAGCAAGGCCAUGACUGUGCGACGGAAGUGCGAGUCCAAGAUAUUAAAGAUGGUAGCUAUAAAGUGGGUUACUUUUCCAAAGAAACUGGAAGAUGUAAGGCAGAAGUUAAACUAAACGAAGAACAUGUUCCAGGCAGUCCAUUUCCGGUUCGAGUGAAACCCAGAAAAUUCAGACCCGUGCUAUCUUUUGGACAACAAGGUUCGUCUGCUGAAAUGUUACUCAAACCCUGGGGAAUGGCAGUGAAUGAACGCGAUGAAAUUGUAGUGACUGAACUCGGUAACAACAGGGUUCAAGUAUUCAGUAGUGAUGGAACUUACUUACGGUCGUUUGGUAGAAAAGGUAAUAAACAGGAAGAAUUUAAUUGCCCAUGCGGAAUAACAAUACAUGAGACUAAUAACAUUAUAGUCGUGGACAGCUGGAACCACCGUGUUCAAUUGUUCAGUGAGCAGGGUGAGUACCUGAGCCAGUUUGGUGGUAAGGGAAAUCUUGAUCACCAGCUGUCUAAGCCUCUCGGUGUAUCUGUAGAUAAUACAGGCAAUAUUAUUGUUGCUGAUAGAGGUAACAAAUCAAUUAAGAUCUUUUCUCCUGACGGCCAUUAUUUAAGUAAAUUCGGGGGUGAGGGUUCUUUUACCUCUCCCGUUCACUGCGUACAAUAUGAAAAAUAUCUGAUAGUGUCAGACAGCGAUGAACAUUGUAUCAAAGUGUUUGAUAGAAAUGGUAAUUUUUUAUACAAAUUUGGAAAUAAGGGGGAAGGGGAUGGAGAGUUCAAUGGCCCUUAUUAUUUAUCAGUUAACAAGGCAGGACACCUGAUGGUUUGUGAUACACGUAAUCACAGAGUACAAGUAUUUGAGCUAAGUGGAAAAUUUGUAACAAAAUUUGGAUCAACAGGAGAGAAAAAAGGAGAAUUUAAUUUCCCUGUCUCUACUGCAGUGCUCAGUGAUGGUCGAAUAUGUGUAUCUGACUGUUGGAACAAUCGCAUUCAGAUAUUUGAAUAG